GUUUGAAAUUUCAGGAGAUUUACUAUUUUGCUUAAGGAUUCCAUUAGACAAAGAGGACUUUGGGAAAUCUUGAGGCAAAGCUUUAUUCAGGUGUUCUAAUCAGCUGUUUCAUAACAUCUGCUCUUAUUUGAUUAUUAAAUUACAAUACAAUACAAUAUCUUAAAUUUUUGCAUUAUAAGUAAGGAGUAAGCCCUUGAGUUUUAUGAAGUGGUUGGAGCCAGAACUUUCAGACUCUUUGCUACGAUGGCCUCGAAGGAAAUUUAUUCAGGUCUUUGAUCUUCUUGGCCUGGAUUGCUCCGAGCUGGGCACUUUGGAUAAGUGUUCUUUGAGCGUAGUCUGAUAAAAAUACAUUUAUGUAUCAUUUGCUUGAACCCAUUUAUUUCUCUAACUUAGCACGUCCAGAUAAAUCAUGAUCAAGUUCUAGAAUCUUUCAGUUUUCAUCAAUCGAGUCGAUGUAAUUGUCAGGCUUAUACUUCUUCUGUUCUUUAUAAGUAAUCAUUAAGUUCUCAAAAUCAGCAGCCUUGCGAAUCAUAUUAACAUCGAGUAUCAUCUUGUCACAAUCCUCAAACGAUCAAGAGUCGCAUCCUUUACUAAAAUGAUCAACUGAUAAAUGGGUAAACUAAUGUUUUGAAAUAAUUUAUUUUUACAGACACGCUCUUUUAUCAUUUCAACUCUAAAAUCUACUAUUGGUGUUUCUGAAUGGAGAAUUCAUUGGGAGCUAGAUAUUGGUUUCCUUUGCAAAUAAGAUCAAUGUCGGAUUUAAUGAAAUUUUGACUAAAAUAUUUUGCAAAAGUGUCUUUUUUUCAAAUAGUUUUCUUUCUGUUUGACCUAGACUGUCAUAUUAGGGAUUCUUGAAAGUCAAGUCUUUUAAAUUUGUAG